GUCGUCGUCAACAUAUCCAAAAAGCAAGCCUCGAUAACAAACUUCUAUGGAAGCGGGAACUGUUCUUCGUGUACACACUAACAUUCACACUCCCAUUUCUAUUUUCAAUCGCUCAGCGAAAUCAAAAACCGUAUUCCAAACGCGUUUCACUCUUUCAUCAUCGUCUUCUUCUUCUUCUCCUUCUUCUUCCUCUUCCGUUUACAGUUACAGAGGUUCCAAACCAAAACGCGACUUCCUCGCCGAUUGGGUGUCUCAAAACGACGACGCCGUUCGCACCUUCCCAAUCUACAUUGGCUCCGCCUCCAUCUUCGCCGUCCUCUUAAACCGCGCCAUUUCCGGCAUCGCCCCCGUCGCCGACGCCAGCAGGGCUUUUGAUUUGGGAGUGAAGCAUGAAUUUUACGUUUCUCUAAGUGAACAUGUCACAUCAUGUGUAAGUUCACAAUCCAGAGCUGACCUUUUGACUUUAGGGUUAGCUGUCACCAAUAUUUUGACUGGCCUCGUAUGGCUUUCCAUAAGACCCAAAUCUGUGACUGAGGUGAAUCCCCAAGGGGUUGAAUGCAAGAAAUUGUACACUGCUCUCCCUGAUGCUGCACUUGCUGAGUUGCUCUGGGUGUGGGAAUCUCUAGCAGAUGUUACCUGCUGCCGAACACUUGUUAUUGUUUAUGAGAGCAUUUGUUUACUUCAAGUUGGUUUUGCUGCUGAAUCUUCUCCUGAGGAUGGUGGUGAGGCUGUAAGCGUGGAUGCCGAUAAAUUGAUGCAAGGAUCUGUGUGUCAGGGUGUUAUGAAAUCUGGUGCUCAGAGUUACUUGGCUAAUCUAUCUCUUUAUCCUGGGAAAUCUGAGCUGCCAUUUCUUCCUUCAAAUACUCAGGCAAUAAUUUUACAACCACUUGGAGAUAAAGGAAUUGCAAUUAUUGGUGGUGACACAAUAAGAGGUUUCACUACUUCUGAUCAGGCAUGGAUUUCAUUUAUAGGAGAGAAGCUGGAUUCUACCCUUGCAAAACAUGUGAAACUUCUCCCUCUGACCUCAGAAGAUUAAGUGUCAAAGAUUUGCAAGGUGGCCUUUGAUGUUUCUUUUUACUUGAUUUUAUUGGAAAUAAAUCCUCGAACUUUCAUCCGAGUUCUUUAGUAUAAGAAGCUCAAAUUGAUCCCAUGUAUAUUAUAUCCAUUUUUUAAGGCAAUGCUCAAAUACACAUCAGCACAUUUUUGUUUGAAUACUUCUAGUGGUUGACUUGGGUUUCAAAUUCUAAGAUUCCCAUUUUUACCCAAAAAAAUAAAUAUAUUUCCCAAUUAAUAUUUGGGAAAAAGAGUGUCCUUUUUAAGGAUACAAG